AGGUGUUGGGGGUUGUGUUUGGGCAGUUUUGUGUCGGGAAGUAAGAGGGUUAGAUAAUAAUACCCAUGCAAUGUAGCAGCAGCUCAUCAACCGGGUGUCGUUUCUUUCGAUGGAGCGCCAGAUUUUUCUCACCAUGGCUACGACGUCAUGCGGGAGCCCCCCGUAACGUUGAUUCCAGGACGUCAACAACCCUUAUCCAAUGGCCGGCGAAAGCUCCCGUCCUAUCCUCAUCAGUGACAGUGACAGCGAAGAUGAAGACAUGAAACGGGCUAUCGCAAUGUCACUGCAAGAGCAGGAUCCUGCUCCUCAGUUGCAAGCUGUGGUUGAUCGGGAUACGGCCGCUCCGACGAGUGAUGUCAAGAAAGUCAGUCCGGUAGGAGAGCCUGUGGAGGUUACAGUGCAGAAGGUCAUGUCGAAGAGAGAUCCGGGCUUGGCGAGACUUGACAGGGCAGCGAUGGAAGGAGAGAGGCUUGAGCGACAGAGGAGGAGGCAGGACAAACUAGACGGCGAAACACCAGCGACUUUGAGAACAUCUGGCAGCAGUACAAAACGUCCUUUGGAUCCCGAAACGAUCGAGGACGGUGAGAGAAAAAGGCCCAAGACCAGUACAACCCCGGCACAUGUUGCAGCUCCUACCAAUAGCGGCAUUCAAUUUCUGGAUCCUACUGUCAAGCUCACCUGGGUCUACAACUAUCCACAUACGCCUCAACAUAUCAAAAUCGAGGAGGUCCUUCAGAAAGACACCCUUCAGCACGCUAUCCUCUCUGCCUUUCAAUGGGACGUAAUAUGGGUCCUCACGAAGCUCAAAAUACCACAGACGAGUUUGGUUCUCGUACAACAUGCGAAAUCUCCGGAAAUACAGGAUCAUAUUCGACGGCAGAUGCGGAUGAUCCCGAACACGGAGGUGGUGUUCCCAAAUCUGGACAAGGCAAGGUUGAUGCAUUCGAAGCUACAGAUCCUCUUUCAUCCAACGCAUGUUCGCGUGGUCGUGCCAACAGCCAACUUGGUUCCGUAUGACUGGGGUGAGACGGGCAUCAUGGAGAACUCGACGUUUAUCCAGGACUUCCCGAAACGCACAGGACCUGGGGCAGAAAGUGCUCAACCGAAGUUCCUGACGCAUCUGACUCAUUUCUGUCGUAAGCAAGGCAUACCCGAAACAUCACUAUCCCGUUUGGACGAGUACGACUUCGGCAAUGCUACGGCGCACUUCGUCGGUUCCAUUGCGGGUGAUCACCUUGGCCGGGACGUGUACAAUUCCGGAUUUCCAGCGCUCGGCACUGCUGUACGGGAGAUUGGUGGCGGGGUUCAGAAGGUUGAUGUCGACUAUAUCACAUCGUCUUUAGGUUCGCUGAAUGCGAAGUUUCUGGGUUACCUCAUGGGCUCCAUGCAAGGGAAACGGCUGAAUCGUAUGUGGGAGUGCAAUUCCCGAAACAAAAAUGCAAAAGGCACAAUCUCCGGCACUAAACGGGCUCAAGAAGAGACCACGGAUGAGGAAGACGAAGAGGAAGGCGACACUGAAAGCGCCCCCGAGAUGGCCGAGAUCGAGCGGAGCUUCCGUGUUCUCUUCCCGACAUCGGAUACAGUUGCCAAAUCACGGGGUGGGCCAAAUUCUGGCGGAACUAUAUGCUUACAUCCUACGUUUUGGGCAAAGCCCGACUUCCCCCGCAAGCUCAUGCGGGACUGCCGGAGCGUGAGAGAUGGGUGUUUGAUGCACAAUAAGCACAUAUACGCGAGGUUCUCGGUACCUGUUCGUGGGAAUGCAGGCUGGGUGUAUGUCGGCUCACACAACCUGAGUUCCUCGGCAUGGGGUGAUGUCACCAUGGAUAGGGCUCAGAAGGGUUUGAAGUUGAAGAAUUGGAAUUGGGAGUGUGGAGUUGUGCUGCCUACACCCGAAGAAGAGAAGCUACGCGAUGCUCAGGCCGGCACCACCGUUUUGUGGGCAAGACAGACGGUGAUACCUGUCCCUGCUCAGCUGCCUGCCAUGGCGUAUCGAGAAGGACAAAAGCCGUGGUUCUUCACGACGGGACAAUGAUAUCGUGACAGUCCAGGGGACUCUUGUCGGUUGGGCGAUCGCGAAUGAAACUGAAGAUGAUGCUAACUGAGUCU